CGCUGACGUCGCUUCCGGCGCGGCGGGCGCGCGGCGGGCGCCGGCGGGUUCCCGGUGCGGCCUCGCGCGGGGCUGUGGGGGGGGCGGGGCGGGGCGGGCCUACCUCCCCGUCGCCCCGGAAGUGACGCCACCGCGACAUGGCCGGAAAGGACGUGAGCCCGGCGGUGGCCCUGCGCCUGUCGAUGGCGGCCGCCUGGCGGGUGGUGCGGGGGCGCAGCCCGGCCCGGUUCCCCCGGGUGCUGGCGCUGCUGGAGGCCGUGGGGCGGGCGGCCCCCGGCGCCCUCCACUUCCGCCACGCCGCCCGCCUGCGCCUGGGCCUGCAGGCCGCCGUGGUGGUGCACAUGCUGCAGGAGGCCCGGCCCGCCGGGAAGAUCCUGGAUGCCAUCGACACCUUCUUCCCCGAGGAGGAGGCGGCGGGGGGCGGCCACGGCCCGGCCAGCCCCCGGGACCUGGCCAUGGUGGGGGAGGCGCAGGAGAGCUUCCGCGAGAUGGUGCUGGGGCUGUUGGCCGACCCCCGCCGGCGGGACGCCUACCUGCAGGGCCCGGCGCGGGAGGAGUACGGGGAGCCGUUCCUGGAGGCGCUGGAGCGGCUCUUCCACGAGUGCCUGGAGCGGCUGGAGAGCGCCCUGCCCCCCCCCGACCUGCGCCAGGCUGAGGCCACGCCCAGGAUUCCGGAGGCUCCUCCCCUCCGGGCCCCGCCCUUGGAGUUUGUCGAUGACGUCAUCAGUGACGCCGAGGACGACGCUUUCCCGCGCAGAAAGAUCCGGGCCCUGCCCGCUCCCGCCGCGCCCUUCCCCCCCCCUCCGACGCUGACGGGGAAAGAGAUCGAGAUCGACAUCGAGCCCACGGACAAGGUGGAGCGGAUCAAGGAGCGGGUGGAGGAGAAAGAGGGGAUCCCCCCCCAGCAGCAGCGCCUCAUCUACAGCGGCAAGCAGAUGAACGACGAGAAGACGGCGGCCGACUACAAGAUCCAGGGGGGCUCCGUCCUCCACCUGGUGCUGGCCCUGCGGGGGGGCGGGGCCCCGCGGUGAGGGGGCGGGGCUCCCGCCGGGCCACGCCCCUCUCCCUCGGACCCUCCCCCCGCCGGGGCCGACCCCGCCCCCUUCCUCCUCGCCCCG